CUCAGCCAACUGGCUCACGACUCACCUUUAGUUUCUUUUCACGCCCUCCAAGAUCUAAACCGAGAAUCGAAACUAAGCUGAGGUCCAUGGAGCCUGCACCCGCCCGAUCUCCGAGGCCCCAGCAGGACCCCGCCCGGCCCCACGCGCCCACCAUGCCACCGCCCCGUGACCCUAGAGAGGGCCGUCAGCCCAGCCCCAGCCACAGCCCUACAGAGCAAGCCCCCUCUCCGGAGGAGGAGUUCCAGUUUCUGCGCUGCCAGCAAUGCCAGGCUGAAGCCAAGUGCCCGAAGCUGCUGCCUUGUCUGCACACGCUGUGCUCAGGAUGCCUGGAGGAGUCGGGCAUGCAGUGCCCCAUCUGCCAGGCGCCCUGGCCCCUAGGUGCAGACACGCCUGCCCUGGAUAACGUCUUUUUCGAGAGUCUGCAACGGCGCCUGUCGGUGUACCGGCAGAUUGUGGAUGCACAGGCUGCGUGCAUCCGCUGCAAAGAGUCCGCCGACUUCUGGUGCUUUGAGUGUGAGCAGCUCCUCUGCGCCAAGUGCUUCGAGGCACACCAGUGGUUCCUCAAGCACGAGGCCCGGCCCCUAGCAGAGCUGCGCAACCAGUCCGUGCGUGAGUUCCUGGAUGGCACCCGCAAGACCAACAAUAUCUUCUGCUCCAACCCCAACCACCGCACCCCUACGCUGACCAGCAUCUACUGCCGAGGCUGUUCCAAGCCGCUGUGCUGCUCGUGCGCUCUCCUUGACAGCGGCCACAGUGAGCUCAAGUGCGACAUCAGCGCAGAGAUCCAGCAGCGACAGGAGGAGCUGGAUGCCAUGACGCAAGCGCUGCAGGAGCAGGAUAGUGCCUUUGGCGCGGUGCACGCGCAGAUGCACGCGGCUGUCGGCCAGCUGGGCCGCGCGCGCGCCGAGAUCGAGGAGCUGAUCCGCGCGCGCGUGCGCCAGGUGGUAGCUCACUUGCAGGCGCAAGAGCGCGAGCUGCUGGAGGCAGUGGACGCACGGUACCAGCGCGACUACAAGGAGAUGGCCAGUCGGCUGGGCCGCCUGGACGCUGUGCUGCAGCGCAUCCGCACUGGCAGCGCGCUGGUGCAGAGGAUGAAGUGCUACGCAUCGGACCAGGAGGUGCUGGACAUGCACAGUUUCCUGCGCCAGGCGCUGUGCCACUUGCGCCAGGAGGAACCCCAGAGCCUGCAAGCCGCUGUGCGCACGGACGGUUUCGAUGAGUUCAAGGUGCGCCUGCAGGACCUCAGCUCUUGCAUCACCCAGGGGACAGAUGCAGCUGUAGCCAAGAAAGCCAGCCCAGAGGCUGCCAGCACUCCCAGGGAUCCCACUGACGUUGACUUGCCCGAGGAGGCAGAGAGAGUGAAGGCCCAGGCUCAGGCCUUGGGGCUGGCUGAAGCCCAGCCUAUGGCUGUGGUACAGUCAGUGCCCGGGGCACACCCUGUGCCAGUGUACGCCUUCUCCAUCAAAGGCCCCUCCUACGGAGAGGAUGUCUCCAAUACAACCACAGCCCAGAAGAGGAAGAACAGCCAGACCCAGUGCCCCAGAAAGGUCAUCAAGAUGGAGUCUGAGGAGGGGAAGGAGGCAAGGUUGGCUCGGAGCUCCCCGGAGCAGCCCAGGCCCAGCACCUCCAAGGCAGUCUCACCACCCCACCUGGAUGGGCCGCCUAACCCCAGGAGCCCCGUCAUAGGAAGUGAGGUCUUCCCGCCCAACAGCAACCACGUGGCCAGUGGCACCGGGGAGGCAGAGGAGCGCAUUGUGGUGAUCAGCAGCUCGGAAGACUCAGAUGCCGAAAACUCGGUCUCUUCCAGCCCUCAGUCUGAGGUUCUGUAUUGGAAAGUGCACAGAGCCCAUGGAGACCGCCGAGCCACAGUCCUCGCCAGCCCAGUCUCUGCUGAGAGCACAAGGAGCCUCCAGCCUGCCCCGUGGCACACACCACCCCCCAGCUUGGCCUCCCCACCAGCCCGCUGAGCAGGCUGCCGUCCCCGAUGCUGAGCCUCACAGCCAGCCUCCUGAUCACCAGGAGCACCCUGCCGUCCACCGUGGGAUCCGCUACCUGUUGUACAGAGCACAGAGAGCCAUCCGCCUUCGCCACGCCCUCCGCUUGCACCCUCGAUUGCAUCGGGUCCCUACUCGGGCUUGGUCUCACCAUGUGGUCCAAGCCAGCACUCCUGCCACCACAGGGCCCCUCAACCAUCUUGCCAGUGCCCAGGAACAUCCUGCCCAGCUGCAAAGGGGCAUCUGCCCACCCUGCCGGAUACGAGGGACUGUGCGAUCCCGCAGCCGCUCCCUCCGGGGCUCCUCCUAUUUAUCCCAGUGGCUCAACCACUUUUUUUCCCUUCCCCUCUCCUCCGUGAAUUCCCAGCUUGGUAACUCUUCCAUGGUGGGGGCAGGGGGAGGCAGAGCCCAGACUCUUGGAACCGGUGUUUCCCCUGGGGAUUCUGUCAGAGGCGCCAUGGAGGCUUCUCAAGUGCAAGUGCCUCUGGAAGCCUCUCCAGUUACAUUCCCACCACCCUGUCCCCCAGAAAGGCCCCCCAUCAGCCCAGUCCCAGGCGCCCGUCAAGCAGGCCUCUGAGAGUGCUACCCUUCUCUUACAACCUUGCAGCCAACACCCCUGCCCGGCCCCUGAGCUGCCUCCUCUAGCCCAUGCUCUUUCAGGCCCUGCACAGAGUACGCAUUCGUUAAUUCUUGGUAAAGGAAUGACUCAGUGAAUGAAUGGCUACGCAUGGACCUCUGGGCAGGGAGACAUGGGUCUUCUCUGGCUGAGAGGGGAAGGCUAAGGCAUGACUGAGACUCAAGCCGCCACUCCAGGACUCUACCCAAGAAAGAAACUUUUGUCACCCCUGCACCCUCCUGUGUUCUGAGUCCCUGGCAAAUAGCACAGCCUUCCAUGCCCUGAUCCCCACCCCAAGCUUUUCCACGGGGCCUCUGCCAGGAUGUAAGCCCACGAGCACAGGGACUGGCUAUCCCAAGACCUGGCAGACGUGGCUGCUCAAUAAACACUUGUUGAACCAUCA